CUAAAAGAAAAUAAUGAUUUCAACACUAAUGUGAUUGCCUGCUGUUUUGUUUAUAUUUUUAUUCAUUAUUUAUUUAUUUUUACACAUUUUGCUUGCAUUUUAAAUGGAAAAAGAUAAUUCGAAAGGAAUCAUUGACUGUACGGUCUGUACGAGUCUUCUCGACCAUCCGGUACAUCUGGACAAGGCAAUCGAAAUGGUUGGAUUCGGAUGUUUUCAUUAUUAUAUACUAUUCAUAUGUGGAUCGCUAUACACGGCAGUUGCCUUUAGUGUGACAUCAGUUUCAUUUAUUAUACCAUCAGCUCAAUGUGAUUUUCAAAUGACUUCUUCUCACAAAGGCCUUCUAAAUGGAGCAAUGCUGAUAGGAAUGUUAGUGGGAUCCUUUAUUUGGGGUUAUGUGGCAGAUACUAAGGGCCGAAGAUUCACUUUGAUAAUAUGUAUGUUGAUGGAUGGUUUCUUUAACAUCUUAUCUAGUGUGUCGCAGGUGUAUUCAAUAUUUAUAUUCUGUAGACUUUUUAGUGGAUUUGGAGUAUCCGGUUCAACAACCCUCUUUUCAUAUCUAGUAGAGUUUCUUAAUGUAAAAUACCGAGAAAAAUUUUUAUCUUGGAUGGAAAUGUUCUGGACAUGUGGCAUAAUAUUACUUCCAUGUGUAGCAUGGAUAAUUAUACCACAGACAUUUAAAAUUGAAAAUGAAUACAUUUUGUUUAAAUCAUGGAAUCUGUUUGUAAUUAUGUGUUCACUUCCGAGUAUAACAUUAGCCAUUUUAUUAAUGAAAAUGCCGGAAAGUCCAAAAUUUUUACUAGCUCAGGGUAAACACCAAGAAACAAUCAAUUGCUUAAAAUUUGUUUACAAAUGGAAUAAUAACUCAAAUGAUACAUUUCCUGUGACUUCAAUAAUCAUGCCAAGCUCUAAUGACAAAUCAAAUAGUGGUUUCUUUGACGGACUUUAUAAAAGUACUAUAGAUUUGUUUACAUCAAAAUUUAAAAUUAUAGCUAUAAUUACAUGCAUUAUACACUUUUGUGCUACAACCAGUUACUAUAUGUUAAUACUGUGGUUCCCAGAAUUGAUGAAUAGAUUUCGUUGGUAUGAAACAUAUUCAAAUAUCCAAAAUAAAACAACCAUGUGCGAAAUUGUAUCCAUGUACAUAGUUGAACCAGAAAUGAAAGAUGUAAAGUGUGAUGAUCAUAUUGACCAUUCCGUGUAUAUGAACAUCAUGAUCAUUGGUAUUGCUUGCAUACCUACAAGUGUCGUUGUACCAUUAUUUAUCAAUAAACUUGGACUCAGAUUUUUUACAGUUUUGAGUUUCUUUGGAUCCAGUAUUUCUGCAGCAUGGUUGUAUUUUAUUACUUCUUCAAUGSAGAAUAUCAUAUUAUCUUCAAUAUUUGAAGCUUUUUCUAGUAUUGGUAUUAGCCUAACAUAUUGCAUUACUGUUGAGUUAUUUCCUACUGAAUACAGGGGCAUGGCUGCGUCCAUAGGUACUAUGUUUGGCAAAAUAGGUGCACUUUUGGGCAACAUUCUCAUUGGAAUUUUUAUUGAUGCUCAUUGUAUAGUUCCAAUAUUUGUUUCAAGCUCAUUUUUGAUAAUUUCAGCUUUCUUAGUAAUUACAUUACCAACAACUGGAAGAACCAACAUAAUAACUGAUGGAGUACUUUAGAAAUAAUUAUAUCCUUAGAGCUGAGUGUACCAACAACUUAAACAUAAUUUUAUAAAAUUACAUUUUAUAAACAUCAAUAUUUAAUUUUAGAUUCUGAGCAUAAUAUGAUCAAUGUAGGUAGUUUAUUUUUAUACUUUUAAUUUUAAAAUCUGCCUAGAACAGAAUAUUAUUGCAUACUUGUUGUAAAGUUAUAUCUUAUACAAACAUAGUAUUAUAAGCAAUUUUAAUAAUAAGUACCUAUAUUACACUAUUUUUUUGUUAUAAAAAAUAUCUGUAUUUUAAUUUUAAUUAGUGUGUUACAUAUUUCACUCUAUUUGGUUAUGAACAUAUUAUUUUUCAUUUAUAUAUUUUUUUUAAAUAGCAUUUUAAAAGAAAUAUUAUAUAUGUAUCAUAAAGAGGACUCUAGACAAGUAUUUGUCAUCUCCGUUUUACUAGUGAUUAACUUAGCAAAUUUAUCAUAAUUUGAUGUGAAAUUAAAUGAAUUUUAAAUAAUACAUAAGAUUGCUCACCAGCAGUAGUGGUUUUUAAUGGGGAGGAGGGGCUUCAGCCAAUUAGCUCCUCGCCCUGUGUAUGUCACUGCUAAGCACUGUAACAAUGUAAGCUAAUCUGAGUUUUGUAUUAUUUUAUUUAUAAAAUACCAUUCCUGUCUAUCGAUGUUGGCUAUGUAUUUUAUAAUAUACCUAAUAUUAUAUGUAUA